CCGGUGGGCGGAACCACUGCGCUUCCUCGCACAUCACGCUUGUUUCCUGGUCGUUGCUAACAACCUGCUGCCUGCAACUUCGCCUGGCCACCGUCCACUCAUGCAUUGGUGGUUUCCUGCUGCGGUGUCUUUGAAAUGUGCGUGAGGAUGAAGCCGUGUCGACAGUGAGUGCGGUGUGACCCUCAGCUCCGUGCUGGCUGCAUGGUGCUCCUCCGUGUGUCUCCGCCUGCUUUCUGACGCCUGGGGUUGCAGUCUGGCCUCCAGCCGCGGCUGCGAAUUAACUUCAUUUCUCAGCGUCGCCUUGCUCUGAAAUCAUGUUUAUUUUAUAAAGAUGGCGGUGAGGGGGACACUGUAAACUAAAUGACUGUCAGAAACAUCGCCUCCAUUUGUAAUAUGGGCACCAAUGCCUCUGCUCUGGAGAAAGACAUCGGCCCGGAGCAAUUUCCAAUCAAUGAACACUACUUUGGAUUGGUCAACUUUGGAAACACAUGUUACUGUAACUCAGUGCUCCAGGCUCUCUACUUCUGCCGGCCUUUCCGGGAGAACGUGCUGGCCUACAAAGCCCAGCAGAAGAAGAAGGAGAACCUGCUCACAUGCCUGGCUGACCUCUUCCACUCCAUUGCCACACAGAAGAAGAAAGUGGGCGUCAUCCCGCCCAAGAAGUUCAUCUCCCGCCUACGGAAAGAGAACGAUCUGUUCGACAACUACAUGCAACAGGAUGCCCACGAAUUCCUCAACUACCUGCUGAACACUGUGGCUGACAUCCUGCAGGAGGAGAAGAAGCAGGAGAAGCAGAACGGACGCCUCAAGAACAAUGGCACUGCUGUCACUACAGAGACCGAGACAGAGAACAAGACCGAGCCCACAUGGGUUCACGAUAUCUUCCAAGGCACACUGACCAAUGAGACGCGCUGCCUCAACUGUGAAACGGUGAGCAGCAAAGAUGAGGAUUUUCUGGAUCUUUCUGUGGAUGUGGAGCAGAACACAUCAAUAACACACUGUCUCAGGGACUUCAGUAACACAGAGACUUUGUGCAGUGAGUACAAAUACUACUGUGAGACGUGCGCCAGCAAGCAGGAAGCACAGAAACGGAUGCGUGUGAAGAAGCUUCCUAUGAUCCUGGCACUACACCUGAAGAGGUUUAAGUACAUGGAGCAGCUGCACCGCUACACCAAGCUGUCCUACAGAGUGGUUUUCCCCCUAGAACUCCGUCUGUUCAACACGUCUGGGGAUGCAGUCAACCUGGAUCGCAUGUAUGAUCUAGUUGCUGUGGUGGUUCACUGUGGCAGCGGCCCGAAUCGAGGUCAUUACAUCACCAUAGUGAAGAGUCAUGGCUUCUGGCUGCUGUUUGAUGAUGACAUUGUGGAGAAAAUUGACGCCCAGGCCAUCGAGGAGUUUUAUGGGCUUACCUCAGACAUCUCCAAGAACUCUGAGUCGGGAUACAUUCUCUUCUACCAGUCCAGGGAGUGACUGGAGCCUGAUCAUCAUCAGAGGAAGAGACCGAAUAGGAAGAAAACUUUUUUUUAAACCUUCAGCCUAACAGACCCCAGACUCCUGCCAUCUCCAUCCCAACUUGCUCUCCUCCUCCAUGUCAGACCUCUCUGACGUAUGUGCCAAUCCUCUGCCAGUCCCAUUAUGUCAGCCUCUGGGUUUUACCUGUGCUUCAUCUCUCUCUCUUUCUCUGUAAUUUGCUUCUUGUCUUUUAGUCACCUGCAUCUGGACUGCACUUUAAAACAAAAGCAAAAAUGCUCAACAGCAUGACAGAAACAUAAAGGAGUCUACAUCCACACUGAGCCACACAUGCUUG